UUCCCAUUGGAACUUGUAAAGUGAGUGUGUAUAUAUAUCUAUCUGUGAAGAUUUUGAAUCAUUCUUGAGUGGAAUCGAUUCGAACUUGUUUUGUUUGUUGUUGAUCAUGGCGUUGUUGUCGAUCAGACGUCGAUUUAACUUGAAAUCGAGGCUGGAUCGUGAGGCGGCGGUUGUGCCGGAGGAAUUCCGGUGCCCGAUAUCGCUGGAAAUGAUGAGGGAUCCGGUGACGGCGGCGACCGGAAUCACGUACGACCGGUUGAGCAUCGAGGUGUGGUUGGGGAUGGACAAUUCCACGUGUCCGGUCACGGGCAGGGAGAUCGCCGGCGGUGUUGAAGGCGAGCUGGUUCCUAAUCACACUCUGCGUAAGAUGAUUCAGGACUGGUGCGUCGCGAACCGGUCGCUAGGCGUGGAGCGGAUUCCGACGCCGAAGAUUCCGGUUACUGAUGCUGAUGUCGCCGGGGCUCUGUCGGAGAUCGCCGCCGCGAGCCGGCGAGGGGAGGGGCCGCGGUGCGCGCGGGUGGCUGCGCGGGUGAGGAGGUGGGCGAGGGAGAGCGAGCGGAACCGGGUGCGGAUCUUGUCCCACGGCGCGUGCGCGGCGCUGGUGGUGGCGCUCUGCGCUGUGGCGACGGAGCACGCGGAGGAGAUCCUGGCGGCGCUGGCGGCGAUCUCGCCGCUGGACGAGGUGGCCGCGCGGGCCGCCGCGGCGUCGCCGGCGGCUCUGCGUUUCCUGGCGCGGACGCUGAAGCAGGGGACGACGCUGGCGGCGAGGGGGAACGCGGCGUGGAUGCUGAGGCAGAUGGUGGCGGCGUCGCGCGGGGGCGGAUGGCGGGCGGUGGCGGAAACCGAAGGGAUGGUGGAGGCGCUGGCGGAGACGGUGCGGAGGCCGGUGUCGUCCGCGGCGACGAAGGCGGCGCUGGUGUGCAUCAUGCAGGCGGCGAGGGGGAGCGAGGCGGCGGCGGGGAGGGCGGUGGAGGCCGGCGCGGUGGAGGCGGCGGUGGAGAUGGCGGCGGAGGCCGGGGAUAGGAGCACGUGCGAGAAGGCGCUGGGGGCGCUGGAGGCGAUGGCGAGGUGGGAGGUCGGGAGGCGGAGGGCGCGGGGUCACGCGCUGGCCGUGCCGGUGCUGGCGAAGAAGAUGUUCCGGGUGUCAGAGCUGGCGACGGAGCUGGCAGUGUCGGCGCUGUUGAGGCUGUGCUCGGGAGGAGGAGACGAGGAAGAGGAGAGGCGUAGGUGCGCGGUGGAGGCGGUGGAAAGCGGGGCGUUCCAGAAGCUUCUGCUGCUGCUGCAGGUGGGAUGCAGCGACGAGGCGAGGGAGGGGGCCACCAACCUGCUCCGGUUGUUGAAUGGGUACAGGCAGAGGAACGAGUGUGUCGACAGCAUGGACCUGAAGGGACUCAAAAGGCCCAUCUAAGUUUAUUAUUAUAUUAUUAUAUUUUUUUAUCAGAGGGGAGGGAAAAUGAUAGAUUUGAAAACAAAGAUUUUUAAUUAAAAAAGGAGUUCGGUAUCGAAA